UGUAGGGGCCGGGUUCGGCCCUCAUGAACUCUCACCCUAGCGAAUGGGUUUCUCUUUCCGGGACAAGAUGGCGCCGUCCACGCCGCUCUUGACAGUCCGAGGAUCAGAAGGACUGUACAUGGUAAAUGGACCACCGCAAUUUACAGAAAGCACAGUGUUUCCUAGAGAAUCUGGGAAAAAUUGCAAAGUCUAUACCUUUAGUAAGGAUGGAACCUUGUUUGCCUGGGGCAGUGGAGAAAAAGUAAAUAUUAUCAAUGUCACGAAUAAGGGACUGCUGAACUCCUUCGAUCUUCCAAAGGCAGUUUGCCUUGAAUUCUCACCAAAAAAUACUGUCUUGGCGACGUGGCAGCCUUACACUACUUCUAAAGAUGGUACAGCUGGGAUACCCAACCUACAACUUUAUGAUGUGAAAACUGGGACAUGUUUGAAAUCUUUUAUCCAGAAAAAAAUGCAAAAUUGGUGUCCAUCUUGGUCAGAAGAUGAAAUUAUUUGUGCCCGAAAUGUUAACAAUGAAGUUCACUUCUUUGAAAACAACAAUUUUAACACAAUUGCAAAUAAAUUGCAUUUGCAAAAAAUUAAUGAUUUUGUGUUAUCACCUGGACCCCAACCAUACAAGGUGGCUGUCUAUGUUCCAGGAAGUAAAGGUGCACCUUCAUUUGUUCGAUUGUAUCAGUACCCCAACUUUGGUGGACCUCAUGCAGCUUUAGCCAAUAAAAGUUUCUUUAAGGCUGAUAAGGUUACUAUGCUCUGGAACAAAAAAGCUACUGCUGUAUUGGUAAUAGCUAGUACAGAUGUUGACAAGACAGGAGCUUCUUACUAUGGGGAACAAACACUGCACUACAUUGCAACAAAUGGAGAAAGUGCAGUAGUACAAUUACCAAAAAAUGGCCCCAUUUAUGAUGUAGUUUGGAAUUCUAGUUCUACUGAGUUUUGUGCUGUUUAUGGUUUUAUGCCUGCCAAAGCGACAAUUUUCAAUUUGAAAUGUGAUCCUGUGUUUGACUUUGGAACUGGUCCUCGUAAUGCAGCCUACUAUAGCCCUCAUGGACAUAUAUUAGUAUUAGCUGGAUUUGGAAAUCUGAGGGGACAAAUGGAAGUGUGGGAUGUAAAAAACUACAAACUUAUUUCUAAACCAGUUGCUUCUGAUUCUACAUAUUUUGCUUGGUGCCCAGAUGGUGAGCAUAUUUUAACAGCCACGUGUGCUCCCAGGUUACGUGUUAAUAAUGGGUACAAGAUUUGGCAUUAUACUGGUUCCAUCUUGCACAAGUAUGAUGUGCCAUCAAAUUCAGAAUUAUGGCAGGUUUCUUGGCAGCCAUUUUUGGAUGGAAUAUUUCCAGCAAAAACAGUAACUUACCAAGCAGUUCCAAGUGAAUUACCCAGUGAAGAACCUAAAGUUGCAACAGCUUAUAGACCCCCAGCUUUAAGAAAUAAACCAAUCACUAAUUCCAAACUGCAUGAAGAGGAGCCACCUCAGAAUAUGAAACCACAAUCAGGAAAUGAUAAACCAUUAUCAAAAACAGCCCUUAAAAAUCAAAGGAAGCAUGAAGCUAAGAAAGCUGCAAAGCAGGAAGCAAGAACUGACAAGAGUCCAGAUUUGGUACCUACUCCUGCCCCACAGAGUACACCACGAAACACUGUCUCUCAGUCAACUUCUGGAGAUCCUGAGAUAGACAAAAAAAUUAAGAACCUAAAGAAGAAACUGAAAGCAAUCGAACAACUGAAAGAACAAGCAGCAACUGGAAAACAGCUGGAAAAAAAUCAGUUGGAGAAAAUUCAAAAAGAAACAGCCCUUCUUCAGGAGCUGGAAGAUUUGGAAUUGGGUAUUUAAAGAUUCACAGAAAGCAAGCUGGUUACCAGAAAUCAGUGGAAACACAUCUUCUAUUAAACCCAUUGGUGUACGCAGAAUAUCCACGUGCCCACAUUUAAUGUUGAUCUAUAAUUUUAACCAUUUAUCGAGAUUCUACAUAUGUGUGAAAUUAUUUAAUUAUGUCUAUUAAAUUGACAUUUACAUUCUGCAUCCCAUAUCAUGUCAGUGCAUGAUAUAGAAUAAAGAUACAUGAAUUUUUUAGCUAAGCUUGACAGAUUGAAAGACAAAUGUCAUCGUUUUUUAGUAGGGGACAGUAUUUAGCAUAUAAAUGAAUAAAGACAUUUUAAAUUUAA